AUGGCACAAGCAACUUACGAUUCUUACAAUUCUGAUGACAACUCAAAAAUCGGGGGAAACUGCAAGCAUGUCAUGGACGAGCUAUUCUCUCGAGUUGGCCUUCACAAAGGUCGAGCCAAGAAGAAGUACAUAGUAACAAAGUACAUCUUCGCCUCCGCAUGUUCUUGGCUAUUCGAAAAGGACACAAACUGGAUGGGUUAUGUCGCGGUCUCCACAAAUGAAGCAGCCAACUCAUCCGACCAUGAAAGAAGGGACAUCGUCGUUUCAUGGAGAGGAUCGCACAAUGUCUUGGAAUGGAUGGACGAUUUAGAGUUUUGGCUCAAACUCGCACAUUUAAUAUUUGGCAAGAAUAUUGAGGAUGAUGAAAAAUUCGAGGUUCAUUCAGGGUUUUUAAUCUAUAUAUACCUUGUGUGUAAUAACAAAUCAAACUUUUGUAAGAGUGCAAGGGAACAAGUUCUCGACAAGAUUAUAAGACUGAUGAACAAGUACGAGGACGAAGAAAUCAAUGUGGCCGUUACUGGACAUAGUCUAGGAGCAACAUUAACAACAUUAAGUGCAGUCGAUAUUGCCCAAAACAUCUUCAACCGACCAAACACACUCGUAACUGCCUUUGCUUUCGCAAGUCCAUGUGUCGGAGAUUCAGCCUUCUUAGUCACCGCCGCCGCCCUCCCCAAUCUUCGAAUCCUACGAAUUGAUAAUCGCCACGACCUUGUCCCCAAUUUAACUCCUUGUUUCGUGGGGUUCACAUAG